UGUUCCCCUUUUCCACCCUUCCCUCUCCUCCGGGAGACCGAGGCUAAAGCCACUAAUGUUUUGGGAAUAGGCACGGAUCAUGUAAAAAUAACUGUUUGAUGGUUGCCUUAUUAUAAAAGAUGCUCUUGUCUAGGUCCCACUGAUUCUUAUAGGCGCAUAUAUCUUAGUAUUUGUGAAUGUGCAUAAAUCAUAAAUGUACCACGGAAGCUGAUGGUCCAGGCCUGCCCGAGUUUGUACUCGUGUCUGAUCAUCAUACACGCAGAGUAGAAUUUUCAACUGUGUGAUUCGCUAUUACCAUUGUUUCAUGUAUUCAUAUAAUUAUGUUAUUGUAGUUAUAAUCAUAAUAAUUAUAAUAUAAUACACUUAACAUUCAGGGAAAAUACACGACCUGGCCCUUAGACCAAUAUAUUAUCAUCAGCUGUAUUGUUAAAAUAAAUUAUUAUUUAAUAAAAAAUUGGAGUAUUAUUAUAUAGAGGUUCAGGAUUCCGUUUCCAAUUUUUAGAACAGUUAGGCCUAUACAGCGUCAUAAACUUAUGCAUGAGCAAAUGUGAGCAAAUUAAUUCCAGUUGUGUUUUCCUCCUCCAGCCGUGGUUUCUUGGAAACCACUUGUGUUGACUUCCAUCUCAGAGGCCCCUCCUACCCUCUGACUGCUGUGAGGGCUGUGAGUGCUUUCCUGCACGCGCACAUUCAGUAUUUUAGAGACGCUUGUACCAAAUCAACUUCCAAAGCAUCGACAUCAACCAAGCAACAAAAUGAGUACCCUGGAAUCAGAAGUGUUUGAAGAUCUUGAAAAGGCCCUGGAAGACCUUGAUUUGGUCUCAGCUGUAUCGAUAAUCAAGUAUUUGGAAGAUAUAAAUAAUAUUUCACUGAAUAUUGCUGUCACAGGAGAGAGUGGAGUUGGAAAGUCCACCGUUGUUAAUGCCUUCAGGGGAAUAGACAACACAGAUGAGAGAGCGGCCCCUACUGGUGUGGAAACAACCAAAACUGAGCCUUACCCACAUCCAAUAUACCCCAAUGUUACAUUAUGGGAUCUCCCGGGAAUUGGGACCACCAAUUUCCCAGCUGAUCAGUACCUGGAGCGCUCUGGGUUUGAAAAUGUAGAUUUUUUUAUCAUUGUAUCAGCUGGUCGCUUCAGAGAGAAUGAUGCCAAGCUGGCUCAGGAGAUCAAGAAAAUGGGCAAGAAGUUCUACUUUGUUCGCUCUAAGAUUGACAACAACCUAAGUGAUGCAAAAAGGGGCCAGAGGGAGUACGAUGAAGAAAGGACACUUCAGGAAAUCAGGGAAAACUGCAUUCAUGAACUUGAACAACAAGGUGUGGCGUCUCCUCAGGUCUUCCUGGUGUCUGGUUUUGAUCUCCAUUUGUACGACUUCCCCGCCCUCCAGGACACCAUGGAGAGAGAGCUUCCUUCACACAAGAGAGAUGUUUUGAACUGGGGCAUUCCUAAAGUCUGCAAAAGCAUCAUUAACAAGAAGAAAGAGGUUUUCAGUUCGCAAAUUUGGUACUAUGCUUUAACUUCUGCAGCCGUAGCAGCUGUACCUAUCCCAGGGCUUUCCUUCGCUGCAGAUGUAGGGAUGCUGGUCGGUGUUCUUACAAACUAUUUGAAUGGAUUUGGUCUGGAUGAGGAGUCCCUAGCGAAACUUUCCAGUGAAACAAAAACACCUUUAGAUGAUCUAAGGGCAGAAAUGAAAUGUUUUUGUUCUGGACAGAAUGUCACUAUAGAGCUUGUUUCGUUAAUGCUGCAUUCUCUACCACUGCUUACGGGGGAGGCAGCAAAGGAAGGUUCUAGAUGGAUUCCUUUUCUUGGAAUCCCAAUAGCGGCUUCAAUUUCUUACACUUUCAUCACCAGCUUUUUGACUUCUACUCUUGACAGCCUAUCUGUAGACGCAGAAAGUGUUCUGAUAAAGGCAUUGGACAUUAGCGCCUUAAUAACAGGUUAUUCUGUAGCCGUUAGCAAUGAGUAACAAUGAACACUUAAACAAAAAUAAAGAAUGUUUAAAAUCGCAAUAGGGAAAUAAGUAAUUAAAUAGUAAGUAAUAGUAAGAGUCUUUGUUCAUGUCUGUUGAGUUUAUUUGAAUUACUGUUGAAACAUGACGCUGGGAAAUUGAUUGAUUCAAUAUUGGUUUUAAUGGCCACGCUAUGUCCAGGCCGGUUUAAUCCACAGCCGGGACACUAUGAAUACCAUUUUUUCCUUUUAUGCCUAGAGAUUACAACUUUACAUUAUUGCAUUGUACUUACAAUAGCAUAUUACUCUGUCUUUCUCUUUCAUCUCAUCAACAAUAUAUCAUAUUACGAGGAAAUUACAUGUUGUAUAUAAUGGGAUAUAAAAAA